UAUUUGUUAGGCCAUAAUUUAAAUUGUCUCUAUUGAACGGAAAAGUUUCCUCCGACCUUAAUAACGAAGACAGCCAUUAAUGAUUAGCGAUCAAGUUUGUCUGUUGAAACAUGUAAUUAGUGGCGGCCAUAAUUGACUUCACUGCUAUAUUAGAAAUUUGUUAGCGAUACACAGAUGUUUGGUGACGCGAUGGUGAGUAGGUGUUUAAACACAUAAGGCACACUUUCUAGGUCAUAUUUUGACUAUUAAAACACAAGUUGAUUUUAAAAAUAUUUAGACUGAUUCAAUAAAUAAAAAUUAUGUUAAGGGUUAAAAAUAAAAUACAAGACAAUAUAUUUGUCUUUUACAUAAGUUGUUGUUUUUUAAUAUAUGUAUUAUUUAUUAUUGUAUAGCCUUUUGAAGAAGGCGUCUUGCCGAUACAUCUGCUUAAUUGUCUUCUUUCUUAUUAAUACGCCAAAAAAUUUCUUGUUCCACUAUUUAUUUAUUUUGAAGGGUUUGAAAACAGUCCCUCAUAUAUAAUCGUUAAAGCUUUAGUUACAUCUUGAAUGUUGCGUAAUGAACACUAGUUUUUGGAAUCGUAUUCUCAAAUUACACUAGAUGGAAUAGAACAUAAAAAGAAUAAUAUUUCAAUUUACAAUAUUUUAUCCUAAGCAGGUGUGACCAGCUUGUAGCCAGGUGCAAUACACAUUUUGAUCGGCCAGCUGUAUUAUGACUUUCUUCUUUCAAAUUUCGUUUCUUUGAAUUCUUGUUUUAAUCGUGCUUUGAAAUUCGUGAAAUACAAUUUUUUAAAGAGUUACAUCUAAACACAAUCUAAUCAAUUAACUUUUCUCAUUUUUGUAGCAACUAAAUUUGUUUUCAUCACCAGAGAUGUAUAUGUGUUUAAGAAUCUAUAUAUAUAAUUUGAUUAAUUUGCCAGACACUAGAGCAAACAACAAGACGCCCACCACACAGACUAUAGGGAUACUGGAUGCUUAAAAAUCCCGGAAUUGGAUUUAUGAAAAUCGGGAUUUUCAAAAUUUCCGCUAUUUCAUUUUCAAAAAAAACAAAACUGUUCCUCUUAGUUUCCAUGUCGAAGUUAAUGCAAGACAUAUAAAUAAUUUAUUUAAAAAUGCGAACCCUCCACACACAGUGUCUAAAGCUCAAAGAGAGAUGAGUUAAGCUCUCUCUGACACUGGAUGAAUGGAAGAGUUAAGCUCUCUCUGACACUGGAUGAAUGGACAAAUUAAGCUAUGUAUGACGCUGGAUGAAUGGACGAGUUAAGCUCUCUCUGACACUGGAUGAAUGGACGAGUUAAGCUCUCUCUGACACUGGAUGAAUAGACGAGUUAAGCUCUCUCUGAUACUGGAUGAGUUAAGCUCUCUCUGACACUGGAUGAAUGGACGAGUUAAGGAAAUCGCUGUUCUAUUAACGUAAACAUUCAUAGUCCUAUUUUAAUCAAUGAUUUUGUCUAUCUUGGCCUAGUAAGAGUCAUUGACAUCUCACGCUGCUUAAAAUGAGUACACGUGCUCACAUUUUGUGUAACAAAAUGAGUGCACAUUCUGACAUGGUGUGUCAUAAAUGAGUGCACAUGCUAACAUGGUGUGUCACAAAAUGUGUGAACAUGCUCAUAUGGUGUCAUAAAAUAAGUGCACAAACACACAUGCUGUGUCAUAAAGGGAGUGCACAUGCUGUGUCAUAAAGUAAGUGCACAUGCUUAUCCGCUGUGUCACAAAUAUUGUGCACAUUCUUAUCCCUCAUGUCAAAAAUGAUUUCGUAUGUUAAUCAGUUGUGUUACAAAAUGAGUUCACAUGCUAUUCUGCUGUGUCGCAAAAUGAGUUCACAUGCUAAUCCUUUGUGUCAUAAAAUUAUGAGAUAUCAACUUAACAAACUUGAUAAAAUAAAAAAAUUAAUUAUAACACAAAUGAAACUAAACAUCACAAUAAUAAGAAACCAAAUAUCACAAUAAUAUGAAACUAAAUAUCAUGUUAUGCACUGACUUGUAUUGGGAGAAAUUAAUCUCCUAUUUUAAUUUUAAUUGGCUCGUUGUAACAGUGCCUAACAAAGGACGAUGCCAUAGAAUCAAAAAUAUUAAAGAUACGAAACCCAAAGCAGUUUCUAGUUACAAAUAAUAAGAUUUAUAAGUCUUAAUAUAAUUACAAAAGAAAAUAAACUAUCAUGACAAUCUUCAACUUACAGUAUGGUAGAUCUUGUACCUGUACACAGUUAGCACAGUUAAAAUAAAGUGCCAAUGAAUAAUGCGAAAUAAACACAUAUGAGCUCACAAAUACACAAAGGAUAAAACACGUCUUGUGAAGUUAAUACAAUCUAUCUGAAUCUCCUCCUCCGUACGUGCCUGUCAAUCCCUUAUAUAGGUCAUGUAAGCCCUGCCUUCCAGAAAGACUUAUGACGUUUCUAGAACAAUCACAAUCAUUCUACAAAAUACAAUUUGUAACAGAUUAAUUGUUUUGAGUGGCUGGUGGCAUAAACACGACAGAUCAAACGACUAAGCCACGCCCCUCUGUGAACACAGCGUCUCAUGCGGGGUCAAUCAUAGGGCAAGCACGAGAAAAAUUAUGUAAACAAGCACUAUAUAGUAUCACAAUAAUAAGAAACUAACUAUCACAAUAAUAUGAAACCAAGCAUCACAAUAAUAUGAAACUAAAUAUCACAAUAAUAUGAAAUUAAAUAUCACAAUAAUAUGAAACCAAAGGUCACAAUAAGUCUGUUCAAUAUAGAAUGAGAGGCUAAUUCCUUUAUUAAUAUUGAUUAUCUUUCUUAUCCUUCUAGAGCAAAAUGUUCCACUCUUCUCAAGUCUUUCUCCUGAUGGCGGUGUGCCUUCUUAGGAUUUCAGCUCAACCUAAAAAUCUUAAGAACGAUGUUGUCAAGAAGUUUCUUGAUUCUCAUAAUCGGGGCCGUCGAGAAGUCUCAGUUCCAGAUUUGGUUAGUUAUACAUUCUUACAUUUGGGGCCAUCAAGAUGUAUCAAUUCCAGAUUUGGUUAGUCAUACAUUCUUAUAAUUGGGGCCAUCAAGCAGUAUCAGUUCCAGAUUUGGUUAGUUAUACAAUCUUAUAAUCGGGGCCGUCGAAAAGACUCAGUUCCAGAUUUGGUUAGUUAUACUUUCUUAUAAUCGGGGCUAUCAAGAAGUCUCAGUUCCAGAUUUGGUUAGUUAUACAUUCUUAUAAUCGGGGCCAUCAAGAAGUCUCAGUUCAAGAUUUGGUUAGUCAUACAUGCUCAUAAAUUAGGCCGUAAAGAAAUAGAGUUCUAGAUUUGGUAAUUUUAAAUUUACUCAGAAAAAAUAUUUUGACAUUGUUUUAACAUCAUAUUUUUUGUUCUUAAGAAAUUAUUAACAUCGAAAGUGAUUUUUUUUACACACAUAGUUUUUAUGAAAAGAUAAGAAAUUGAAAUUAAUUUUGACGAAGUUUGAAGGCCUACAUUUGACGACAAGUCAUAAUAUAAAGCUGAGCUCUGCAACCUUAUUUAAUGCGUGGAACACCUUAACAAUUUCUUAGAAUCAAACGGCACACAACCAAGAAAAACAUGCACAACUAGUGUACGUAGUGAACAUUGAAAUAAAGUAGACCCAGUAGAGACCUUAUUAACAUUCAUAAUGUCAUGUAAAAAACUGUGGGGAUUUAAUUCAAGUCAAUAUUCAAAUCUAGGUAUGGAAUUCUACACUUGCCACAUCUGCGGCUAGCCACGGGGCAAGGUGUGUCAUUGAACACAGCCAGGGCGACCAUGGAGAGAACUUGUAUUUCUCAAAACGUAAGUCUGAGUUAACAAAAUAUUAGGAUUAGGGUUAGGAUUAGGGUUAAGUUAUAUACUUCUAAUAGCCAAAAUAUUAUAGAAACAGUAAACACCACAUUUCUAAAGUUUGAAUUCCAGAUUGACUAGGGAACAUACAUAUUUGAAUUGCUAGGUUUAAAAAUAAACAAUUGAUUUCUAUCAUUUUUAGUUCGCUAUUUUUAAAGUGAACAAUAUAUUUCUAGUCAUGUUUGGUUUGCUAUGAUUUAAUUAAAAGUAUAUUUCUAGACUUGUUUUUUUUGCUAGCGUUCAAUUAAGCAAUAUAUUUCUAGUCAAGAGACAAAAAACAGUAAAAAAACAAAUAAAAUAACAAUAAAACUUUCGCUGCAAUGUAAGAUCUGAGGUUAGCAAGACACAUACACAAACAUACACACUCAAUUGAUGUCUGAGAGGAUAGUAAGACACAUACACAAACAUACACAAUCCAUUGAUGUCUGAGAGGAUAGUAACACAUAUACACAAACAUACACGCUUCAAUUAUGUCUGAGAGGAUAGUAAGACACAUACACAAUCAAACACACUUCCUUGAUGUUCUCUCGGAUACUACAUUUCAACGAAAUGUUUGUUGGCUAAAUAUCCUUUUGCCUAAUGCCUAAAUUGUCUCUACUUAAACUCGUUGAUAAAUUUAAUAAGUGCUAUGUUCAUUUGAAUUAGCUUUAUGUUAUUUAUACUGCUUUCGAUAAUUCAUUAACUGACUACCAAAACAUUCGUGUUUUUUUUUUAAUUCUUCUUGAUUUGUCUUUGAGCGAUCAUUGAGGACACAUAGAUAAUUACUCUUUACCAUUGAGGACACAUGGCUAGUUACUCUUUGAACACAAUGUUAAAAAAAAUGAAACUUGUUUUUUUUUUAAAUGUCGUUUAUGAUCGCAUUUUUGAAUCGAUUACAACAGCAAGAAAUGACGAUUUACUUAAACUAUCGGAAGAUGCUGUGGGCAGUUGGCUCUCUGAGAAACCUGCUAAUGUCGACACCAAAUGGCCAUGUCUCCAAGAUCUUUCUUGUGGUCAUUACACCCAGGUAGGCCUUUAAAUUUUAUUUGUAUGAAGUUUUGAACAAUGUAUCCACGUUGUGGGUAUAUUCGUUUCACAUUUACAUUGACUCUGAACAAUGAAUCUGAAUUUAGGUUUAUUAUUUUCUAAUUAAAAUCACAAUGAAUAUUGUAUCCACCUAAUGGGUAUUUUUAUUUUAUUUACACUCAGAAUCAAUACUUUAUCUACAAAAAAAAAAUAUGUAUUCAUAUCUUAUUUGCACUGAAAAUAAAUUAAAUAUUGUAUCAACUUUAUAAAUAUUUUUAUUUCUCAUUAACAGUAACCAUAACACUAACCCUACCCUGAGACUAAACCUAAUAUUAACACUAACAUUAAACCUAAACUUAAUAUCAACCCUAACACUGACCGUAACUCUAACACUAACCCUAACACUAACCCUAAUCCUAAUACUAAUGCUAAUAUUAAAAGUAAACCUAACCCUAACACUAAAACUUACACUUACCCUAAUUCUAACCCUAACACUAACCCUAAGCCUAACAUUGACCCUAACCCUCAACUUAACAGUAACCCUAAAACUGACCCUAACCCUAACACUAACCCAGUUUAUUUAUUUCUAACUAACAAUAAAAAAUUCGUAGUUAAAAGAAACGAAAACGUAUUUUUUUUUCUUUAUUUUUUUUAAAAAAUAAUUCACAUAUGUUACAUGUUAGUGGCAGGAUAAGCAUGUCGGUUUGCAUAAAUGUCCAAUCAAGUUGUCAAGUUAAAUAUUUCGACAACCCUAACCCUAACCCGGUUUGCAUAAAUGUCCCGUCAAGCUAAAUAACUUUUGAGAAAAUUAUAAGGACAAUAUAUCAAAAGCUUUGUUUCAUUUUUUUUUUAAAUGGAUGUACUGAAAAAAUAACAACUUUUUAAAAUUAUUUUUUUAAAAGGCAUACAAUAUUUCCCCAACACGAACCCUAACACUAACCCUAACCUAACACUAACCCUAACUUAAACGGAAUUAUUUCCUAGAUGUUAUUUAUUUGUGUUAUAUUAGACUUAAAACCCCCCACUAUAUUUUGUAAUUGAUAAUAUCAUUAUUGAAGGGGAAAAUCUGAUUGUUAUCUACAGAUUGUGUGGAGAACCACCAAAACAGUAGGAUGCGCCAUUGUUCAUUGUGCCAGUUAUUGGGAAAAUUUCGUUGUAUGUCAGUAUUACCCGCCGUGAGUAAAAGCAAAUAUGAAUUCAAAUAUAGCUUCCAACAGUAAGAUCAAAAGAGCGUUUGAUUCCAACUUAACCUAAACUCAAUAAUAAUGGCUGUGACUAUUCGUACCCGGGUACAAGAAGUGAGAGGUUGGGAGUAAAAACUAUUUAAAAUAUUAUUGUUGGGUUUGUAAGACAAAACAAGAUAUUAAAUGAACGAUAAUUGAAUGGACUAUAUGUUUGUAGACGUAAUUUUUCAGUUUAACUAAAAUAAACGACCACAAAUGACAUUUGGAUAGCAUUGUUCUAAUGGGACGCGGGUGCGAAUGGCGGCGCUGCGUGUCCGGGGCCAUUUUGACUAAAUCCGAACCUCUCCCUUCUAAAGCCUGGGUACGAAUAGUCACUCCGUUAAAACAAUAUAAUAUUUUCUUUAUAAACGAGUUUUAUUUGCAAUGUUGGAUUGCAAAAUUAACAUUUUACCAAUUUUGUUUUCAUUUACUUUUAUGUUUCAAAUGGCUGAAAUCAUUGAUUUAUUUAUUAAUGGUCCACUUUUGUAAUGUGUCAAAUUCUACCCUACCCUAACCAUAACUUAACCUUAACCUAAACCCAACCUUAACUUUCAUCAUUGAUUUAUUAAUGGUCCAUUCUUGUAAUAUGUAAAAUCCUUUUGAUAAAAUAAAUUGACUUUCAGCGAAAUUGGAUUAAAAUUACUUUAGUAUAAUCCAUCAUUAUCUGUCAUUAACUGUCAAUAACUAUCUAUAACUGUCACGGUUAUAUAAAAAUAUUUUUAACAUAAAUUUAAAAUUGAACCUUUAUGUUCUCUUCUCAGAGGGAAUUAUAUAGGCCAGAAGCCAUAUUGAGACUGGAAUGACGCCACUUUCAAUUCAACAAAGUAAGUAGCUCUACAGUUUUGUACAGAACGUCAUUGAUAUUUCUAGUCUCACUCCUGGCCUUACUUUAUUUAUAGUCCUUAUCUUGCUCUUGGCCUUACUUUAUUUAUAGUCUUUAUCUUGCUCCUGGCCUUAUAUUAUUUAUUUUCUUUUAGGUUAAUUUUAUUUACUCAUUUGUAGAUAUUAGCCUAUUUAUAUUUUUUUUUUAAAAUCUAAUAUGUGGAAAUUAAUUUACACUUGGAAUCAACUAUAAAAUCUGUCUGUCAGGCUUUUAAAAAAAAAUAUUAUUUUAAAACAAAAUACAAGUCAGUUACAACUGAAGAAAGACAUUUAAGUACCCUAAAUACAGAGUUAUAUGUUUUCCAAUGGGGUUAAUUUUUGUUUCAGGUCUUCCAAGAGGCCAUCUUCGAAAUCGAAUAUCAAUUUAUGUGUUUGUGACAGUAUAUAUUUAAACAGAUUUCACGAUACCUUCUUAUCCGUAAAACAAUUAUUUAUAAAUGUAUGUGUGAACAUUUCAUAUAAAUAAGACGAUUACAAAUGUAGAUCUCUAUGAGUUUAUACCCAAACUCUCUUCAUCAUGCGGGAAAAGAAGAACAUUUUCCUCUUUGAAAUAUCUUUAAAUUUAAACUUUUCCAUGUAUUCAAACUCUCAGAGUCAUUAGAAAUGUGUUUGCAGCAUAAUGUUGUUCAAAAAAUGUUGUAAAAUGUUGCUGUUGCUUAUUUGUAUUGAUAAAUUCAAAAAAGCUUUUUGUACAGUUACAGCUCAAGUGUUAUUGAAAUGUAUUAACUGUACGAUUGUUGGAUUCCAAUAACUCUUAAUAAGUUGAAAGACUCUGAUUUAAUGUAAGCCACACGGAUAGUUAAGCUUAACCGAAACCCUAACCCUAAGACUCUCUCAAUUAACGUAAGUUUACUCGUAUGGUUAAGUUAAGCCUAACCUUAACCUGUAACCCUAAGACUCUCUCAAUUAACGUAAGCUACAAGUACAGUUAAGUUAAGCCUAAACUUGUCCCUACCCUAAGACUCUCUCAAUCAACGUAGGCUACACGUAUCGUCUAGCUUAGUUCAUUUUUAUUUUUGUUUGGAUGGGUGGGGGGGGGCGGGGCAAAUUAAAAUUAAAUAAAAUGGGUACAUGCCAUUAUCAUUGAUUUUUGUGUGCUUCAUUUCCACAAUAUGCAACCUACGAGAUUAAAUGUGAAAAAAAGAUUGUCACAACUGACGUACAAUCAUACAAUAAUGGAAACUUAAAGGGAAAGUAGGUGAAGGAAGGAUGUGAGUAGAUGUUGGGAAGAGGUGGUGUGAGUAGAUGGUGCAAGGAGAUGGUGCGAGGAGAUGGUGGGAGUAGAUGGUGUGAGUAGAUGGUGGGACUAGAUCGUGUGAAAAGAUGGCGUGAGUUAAUUUUUGGGAGCAGAUGGUGGGAGUAGAUGGUGGGAGUAGAUGGUGUGAGUAGAUGGUGUGAGUUAAUGGUGGGAGCAGAUGGUGGGAGUAGAGUGUGUGAAUAGAUGGUGUGAGUAGAUGGUGUGAGUUAAUGGUGUGAGUAGAUGGUGGGAAUAGAU